AUGGAAUCCUCAGACUCAGACCCUUUCAAUUCGUUCAAGUCGAAGAAGAUGGUCAGUUCAUCAUCAUCGAAGCCAUUAUCGUCCGAUCAAAUGACCAAAGCUCACUCGGAUCUGAUUCCAUGGAGCUCCAAGACCCCCGAGAAGCCAGCGAACCCUCUAGGUCGAGUUCGGAAUCGCCAGACGUCAGAUCGAGAUAGUUUGAUGGAAAGCAGAUCAGGUCGAAGCCCAGGAGAGAAGAAGCCCGCUGAGAAGAAGCCAGCGGAGGAGAAGAAGAGCACUGUCGCCGAGAAAGCUUCGGCGGAGAAGAAGCUGAAGGCGGGGAAGAAGCUGCCCAAGGAGGACGAAACAGCUACCGGAGACAAGAAGAAGAAGAAGAAGAAGAAGAAGAAGAGGACGAAGAAGGAGCGUUGA